UCGUAUCGCCUUGAGUCGCAUGUAUCAAAAGCCUUGGGGUGGCGCCGUCUGCUUGGGCGACUCCCUUCCUUGCCAGCGAUCCGAUCUCUCUCCUCUUGGAAUUCUACUGCUGUUUUCGUUCGACACACCAUACACUCGCUUGUGUUAACGUACUGUCGCUCUGAUCAACAAGGAGGAUUGUUGCUAGUCGCCCGUCAAAGAACCGAUAGAUUGCGCGUGGCGUUACCAGCGGCCCGGAUCCUGCGAGACUUGUUCUUCUAAAGGCUUGUCGUCACCCUCGCGUCUGUCAUCAAGGCUUCACCAUGCGUUCCUUCCUCCGGUACACAAUGCUGGCGCUGCCCCUGCUGGGCGGCGUCGUUGCUGAGCAGCCAUCGACGCAAAUGUCGGACCUGUCCAACUCGAUCUACGCCAAUGCGCAGGAAGCGUUCCAGGACCUGCUCAAUGCCUUACCCGAGGAGUCGCUGCAGGCCGCACUCAACUCGCUCACCAAGUUCAAGGCCGGCGUCUUCGAGUCGCACCGCCGCGGCGUCGAACACGUGCACAGCAGCAGCCCGGCACUCGCCACCAAGCUCAUCGUCGCCGCCGUGCAGGACCUGAAGAAGCGCCAGGCGCCCGCACCGUCCAACGGCACCACGCCCGCACCGUCCAGCCAGGCGCCCGCCCAGCCGUCGUCCAGCGCCCAGCCGUCGCUCCAGCAGGAGCCCACUUCGAGCCAGGCGCCCGCAGCGAGCACCCGGCAGCAGACCAGCGCAGCAGUACCCGCGUCCACGGCGGCGAGCACGCCGUCCAGCCGGCCCGUCGUCGUCGCCGUCGACGUCACCACCACCAACAGCGUCGGCAGCACCGUGAUCCAGACGUCGGAGGUCCUGUCCGAAGUCACCGCCAGCGUCGAGGUAACCGUCGUGCGCACGACGACCAACAGCGUCGGCAGCACCGUCGCCGUCACUACGCAGGAAGUGCGCCCGGCCGUGAUCAGGACCACGACCGACUCACGGGGAUCCUCUGUCGUCGUUACCUCGGCGGGCAACCUGGCGCCCACACGCGGCGAGGUGCUGACGACGACGGACGCGGCGGGCGUCACGUUGCUGACCACGUACACACCCGGCGGCGGCAAGGUGUCUUCGGUGAAGCUGGUGACGACGACGGACGCGGCGGGCCAAGCGCAGACACUGACGACCAUUAUCGAGGUCGAUCCGACGGACGUGGCCGGCAACGGCGCCGCGGAGUCUGCCAGCUCGACGCCCACCGCGACGGGACGGCCCAGCGUGCAGUCCGGCGCAGCUCGCAAGAACCACGCGGCGGUCGCCGGACUCGCGGGCCUGGGCGCGUUCGCCUUCUUCCUCUAGCAACGGCCAGAUGGGACGGUUUUCGCGGAACGACUCUCCUUGCCCCGCCUGGGCUGUCACGCGCCUUUUCGCAUUCGUGUACAAAGUACGGGGAACACUUGGGAUGGA